UCAUUAAUCCCAUAACUACAUCGAUCGAAUUAAUGGGUGCCACAACCACAACCACUUCAUCGUCUUCCUCAAUCUCCGGCGGGGGCGACAGGGUCACGACCGCGGCGGCCUUCUCCGGCUUGCCCACCGUCUUCAAGCUGCUCCCCACGGGAACCGUCCUCUUGUUCCAGUUCGUCAACCCCAUCCUCACCAACAGCGGCCAAUGCACCGACUCCAACAAGGCCGUCGCCGGCGCCGUCAUUGUCCUCUGCGGCCUUCUCUGCUUCGUCGCCUCCUUCUCCGACAGCUACAAGGGCAGCGACGGCCAAACCCAUUACGGCUUCGCCACCCGGAAGGGCAUCUGGCCGUCGCCGGUCGCCGAGUCGGUGGACUUGUCGGCCUACAGGAUUGGGUUCGCGGACUUUGUCCACGCGUUCUUCUCGGUGUUGGUGUUUGCGGCGGUGUCGCUUCUGGAUUCCGACACCAUGCAAUGCUUUUAUCCGUCUUUUGAGCCGACUCAGAAGGCCCUGAUCGUGGUCUCGCCGCCGGUAAUUGGUGUCCUCGCUAGCUAUGUGUUUUUGGUGUUUCCGAACAGCCGCCAAGGGAUUGGGUACGCUUCGAGUUCAACCCAGCAGGAUUCAAGUGAUUCUUCGGCUAUUGUUUUGCAGCGUCGAGAUAAAUCUCCAGACAAUAGUCGACCGCCAGUUUAAUCAAAUUAGGAUAUCGAAUUUUGUGUUCUAAAUUUGUCCCAAUUACCGUACACGCGUCUUUAUAUAUAAACACAAAUUAAUUCAUAAGAUAACACACACCCUCUGU